UGCUCAGAGGGCGGGACGAACAGCAGCCGCCAUUCUUCCUAUUGGUCAGACGUUUCUGCUCGUCUCUCUCCGUAUCUCAUUUCCGUGUUUGCUUUCUCUCACUAACGACCUCAUCUUUUCACGAAAACACGCAUAAUUACGUGCUGAGAUGGCUAUGGUGAAAAGCGGUUGGCUGCAUCGACAAAGUACCAUACUACGUAGGUGGAAAAGAAACUGGUUUGACUUGUGGGCUGAUGGGCGACUCGUCUUUUAUAAUGACCAACAACGGCAUGACAUGGAGGAUGACAUCCACAUGAGGGUAGACUGCAUCAACAUCCGCGGCAGUGCUGCCUGCCAUGAUCUUAAUCCACCAGAGGGGAAGAUGCGUGACGCCUUGCUACAGAUCGUGUGCAGAGAUGGACGAGUGAUCAGCUUGUGUGCAGACAGUGCAGAUGAUGCUUUGGCAUGGUCCAUGGCACUCCAGGAUGCAAUAAUUAAUACUAUUGUUGCCACUCCCCAGAUUGGUUUUGCACAGGAAGUAAUGCCAUCUGCUCCUCCCCCCUAUUCUGAAUAUGCUUCACCACCUCAGGUUUACGCCUCAGGACCGUAUGGUGAAUAUGCACCGCCUCCAUAUGCUACACAGAUUGUGUACUCUUCUGACGGGCAGCCCUACACUGUUGCUUAUCCUCAUCAGUACCACGGUGGCUACCCUUCACCUGGUGUGAAUCAUGUCAUUAUCCAGGAGCAUCAGCGCGACAACGGAGGCGACGUGGCUCUGAGCAUGCUUGCUGGAGCAGCAACAGGCCUAGCAAUAGGUUCCCUCUUCUCUGUCUUCUAGUGCUUGAUUCAUGUACUGUAUAUCCACUAGCACACUGAUCCCUCUGUAUUCACAGCAAUUGGUGUCUUCCUUGUGCUGUUACAUGAGUUGGAGUAUAUUGUGUCUGACGGGCUACUUCAUCUAUGAAGCAUGAGUGUGAUGGACAAGGAGAAUUACACCCAGUGUAGUAAUGCAGUAAAUAUGUUUAGCACUUUCUCAUGUG